CAAAAAAAAAAGAAAAAGAAAAACAGAAUUACCAUCUGUAUCGUCAACCACUUAAUAUUAGAACAACCCGCACUCUCUGCCACACAAAAAAGAAAAAAAACAAACAAAGGAAAUUCAUCAGUACUCGUGUAACCCAACCCUGGCGGUAUUGAUGAACUCUCUUUGUUUCUCUGUCCGUAUUUUUGUCUAGUUUCUUGUUUGAAUCCAGAAAAAGAGAAGAAUUGUUUGCAUAUUUCUCACCGACCCAGUACUCAUUUCAUCUUUUAAAACCCAAGCUUUCUUACUUCCAUUCUCUGCAACUAGCUGCUAGUCUUCUUCAUCCCCCAUCUAUCCAUUUUUUUCUUGUUCUUGAAAGGAAAAUCUUAUUCACUUGGUGUUCAUGGAGGAAUUUCUGAAAACCCAAGGACCAAAAUCUUCAUUUUCAAACCUCUCUGAAGAUGUUAUCCUUCAUAUUAUCCAUAAACUUGAACCUGAUCCAAGAGAUUGGGCUAGUUUAGCAUCUGUAUCAACUAAAUUCUCAUCACUAAUUCGCAUCAUAUUCUGGAAAAACAAAUGUUUAGAGAAAAUUCCUACUAUUGUUUCCGAUCUUAUCUCUAGUGCUACUUCUGAUCAUCCUCCUGGAGGUUGGGCUUCUCUUUACAAGCUGUCAGUCUGUUGCCCAGGACUUCUUCAUGCUGGAAUUUUGUUAGAGAAUUCAGAUUUUGGUCUUGAACGCGAGUUGGGCCCUGACGAAAGUUACAGACAAAUUACACCUACAAUCCAUGUUGAUGCCAACCACAAUCCUAAUCAGAUUUGUUCUUCUUCAACUGCGGCUUCGGCUCUGGUGACUGCUGUAAGUACUUGUUCUGACUCUGGUAAUGAUCGUUGGUCUUUGUUUGAUGAUUUGUAUCUUGAUACACAAUAUGAUAAUUCUGAGUCUCAUGAAAUUGUGGAAAUGGUGAUCGAGAAUCAAGAAGUUGAGGAAAUGAAUGUUGAUGAGGUCGAGAAACAAGAAACUGUUGAGAUAAUGAAACAGUGUGCAUCAAUAGGAACUCAUUUAGCUACCAAGGUAUGGAAUUUGAGUAGAGAACAAGGGAAUAAGUUACUAGGUAGUCGGUUUCGAGGGGAUUGUCUUUAUAUCUGUGAUUGGCCUGGUUGUGUUCACAAAGAAGAGAAAAGAAAGUAUAUGCUUUUUAGAGGGAUUUUCAAGAAUUUUAAGAAAUCUAUGGUUUGGAGAACUAUAAAUGAUGGUAAUAGAAGUAAGAUUCCCUUGUAUUGUGCAUUUUGCUCCUGUAAUGAGACUUGGGAUUUACAUUCUGCGUUUUGUUUGAGGAGAGUUUUUGGGUAUCAUGAAGAUGGUGAACCUGUUGUGAGAGCUUAUGUUUGUGAGAACGGGCAUGUUUCCGGAGCGUGGACUGAUCGGCCAAUGUACACUUAAUAGUGUUAUUUUCUUAUUGUUUUCCUUGAUGUUUUUUUAACUAUUAAGCUUGUUUUCCUGCAUUUUUUUUUCUUUCUGUUGAAUGCUUGUGAUGAUGAUUAAGGUUUGAAAUUUCCAUGAAAUUGAUUGCACAUUGUGUCUUGAACUUGUGGUGUGUGAAUAAUGGGUCUGUGUUUACUUUUUUGAAAGUUCCCGGAUCCCGUUUGUAAUAUGAAUUGGUUCUGUUCUUUCUA